ACUCUUGCUAUUGAAGGACCACACACAUACAUGCACGCCUCAUAUUUAUUCCCAGCUUUUGAAGCAGCCGAGCACCAUAAUAUCCCACGCGUUUAUCGAGACCGCUGCUUACGAUACAAACGCAACGACCAGCACAACUCAUCCAUAUUAGGCCCGUAUUCAGUCGAAGUGCACUGCACCGAGGUUGGAACCAGUACCCCUUGAAUAGUAUUACAAAUUUCAGAUUCGAACGGAAGCGUCGCGAAGGGCCGCAUCAUCGGAUCAGUUUUCUUAUUGUUAUUGCGAGUAGCAACGCUAGCAGCUGUUUUCCGCGGGGGAAUGGCGGCAGCUGCGGUCCUUCAGGUGGCAGAGUCGAAAUUCUCCGACCAGCCGUCACGAUUACCCGACAGAUUCCGCCGCACCUUCCGCCGCAUCAACCUCUGCGGCGCACAAGUCGGCGUUCCGAGGCGAUCUCCCAAUGGAUCCCUCGUCUCUCGCCGCCGCCAGAUCCGGCGGCUCCGCCGUUGGCGGCGCAGAUGGAAGGCCCGUCGCGUACGCGGCUUAUACGCAUGAGACAAAAGCGACGGCGAUUGUAGCGGCGAGAGAGCGAAAAAGCGACUGUAGCGACCGAGCGACGGAACAUACGUGUAACGAACGACAGCUACGACCACGACUCCGAGUCGGCUGACUGGACCAGGACUUCCUGCUACACUUCUAGCGAAGAUAUUCACACCGUUGUUAGCGCUACUACUGCUACCGAAGCCUCCCAUAUCGAGAGAAUCCCGCGGUUUCCAGCGAGGGGCUCCGCGGCUGCUGGCGGCGCCGCCGGUGGGGGCGCGUGCCACCGAACCUACUCGGUUCGGCCCAAACGUCAGCCCGUGCUUCGGCACGCGGCGGAGGUGAUUCUUUUUCCCAGGGCGAGCUUCCAUCGUGCAAGCGACCGUCGCGGCGCCGCCGACUCGGCGGACCACUACAACUACAACUCCGAGUCAGGUCACAGCCAGCCGAGUCGCCCCGCGACUCGGGGUCGGCCAGUCCACGCGCCGCGCUUUGACUCGGUCGGCGUCGUUCGUCGGAGGCGACUCGGGGGCACUGUCCAGUUCAGACUCGUCUUUCGCUUUCCACGUCAGCGCCUCCGGAACCGCCAUCGUCGCUACUGGCAGUGCCGCCGCCGGAGACGCCGCAUCGGCCGCCGCAUCGCCGGAGGCCAUGUCGGCGGAGGCGGCGGCGGCGGCGGUGGUGGCAGCGGGGCAGUCAUCACCGGUUUACUCGGCUGCAGAAACCGGCGGAGAGGGAACGCCCACGCCCAGCUCCAUGGGGUCUCGAUCUCCCUCUCGAGCGCCGUCAGAUGCGGCCGGCGGCGACGGCGGCGGCGCAAACCGUUUCUCCCGGGAAAGGGGCUUCCGGUUCCUUCGCUAUAGGAAGCCGCGGCGGCCCCCGCUCCCCGACUCCGCCCACCUCCCCCGCCGUUCCGCGGACCCCCAGCCUCUGCCUUCCCCCUUCACCUGCCUCCUCCCGGCGUACCCAGCCUCCGCCCUCGCCGUCUUACGCUUCCGCCCGCCCACUUCCGCCGACUUCCCCUUCCGUCUCCCCCCGCAGGGCCUCGCCCGUUUCCUCCCCUUGCGAUUCGCCCUCGUCGUCGUUCUCGUUCGCCGUCCCUCGGGCGACGUCGCACGAGUAUCGAGCCGCGGUGGCGGCGACGAUUAACGGCGUCUCCGGUAGCGGCGGCGGCGGCGGCGGAAUUGGCGGCAGCAAAUCCGGGCAGCAGGGAAAGCUUCUUCGCAGCGUGAGCAGCCAAUGGGACAGCUCGUCGCGCAGCCUCCGGGCAGGGCGGAAUCUUGCUGGAAGCAGCCCGAACCGGAUGCUGUCAGUCAACGUGCAUCUGCAGGCAGCAAUCGCGUGUGUAGCGACUGACUCAGCAUCCGUCGCAGCUGACUCAUCAUCUGCUGCGGCUGAGUCACCAUGUGUCGCGGAAGCGUCCCCCUCUGCGCCUCCUGCUGCCGCCCGGAGUGCGACAGCUGGCGGCAUCCUGCGACGUGGCGGGCUGAAGCGCAUGCCGUCGCUUGACACCAUGUCAUCGCCUGCGUAUGCCACGUCGCCACCGUCCCCCGCCAGCUCACCACUCACCAGAGCUGCUGCUGCUGCUGGUGGUGCUGGUGGUGCUGCAUCUAGCACGGCCAGUGCUGGUGUCAACGAUACUGCAUACACCACUGCUGCUGCAGCUAUUUCUGCAUCUUCUGCCGCACAUCACUCCCGCGGUCUCUCACUCGGCGACUCCCCCCCCACCCCGUCCCUCGGGGAAUCCCCUAUCACUACCCCUCAGCUUUCCCCGGGCCCUUCUCCCGGGCGGGGCCACGUGCGGCGUGUGUCGUUCUGCAGCAUGGUGCGCGUGAGGCGGUUUUCCGCCUGCGAUGCUGACCUGGGCCCCGCUGCUGACGCGGCGAUCACGGCAUUCGAAGAGGCAGAAGCAGCAGCAGCCGCUGCAAGGGCAGCCGCAGCCGCAGCCACAAAAGCUGCAGCUGCAGAAGCGGCAGCGGAGGCAGCAAGAGAAGCAGACGCGAAGGCAAGGGUUCAUCCUGCUUCAACUGUUUCCAGACAUCCCAUGCAUCGCGGCAGCAGGAGCCUAAUCGAGCGCCCUCACCACUCCCAAUCCCCUCCAUAUUUCGGUGCGAAUCAGACGAACCCUGGACAGCGGGUGGCUGGCACGAGCGAAAGUUUAAUCGAGUGCUCACACCGCCACUCCAGGUCUCCGUCCUAUUCUGGUGUGUUUCCCCUGAGCCCCGAUCUUAGUGGCCCGUCCCAAGCUAUCCGCCGAACCUCGUCGUUUCAGCACAGUGGCCCGGGAAGCCCAGCCCGCUACAGCAGGAGCCAUGGCUACUCAGCGGCAGCAGCAGCAGCACCACGCGGCUCGGAAGAGAGAAGAGGCGGAAGCAGGAGUAGAACUCACACUCCAGGAAUAGAGAUUUCAGGAGUAAGCGAAGAACAUGGGGAGCCUCAGCUUGCGAUCCCAAACCUCACGCCUGGUUCCAACGAGCAUCAGCUUGGGAUCCGAACCCCCGUGCCGCCUAAGAUGCCUUCCCCUCGGCUGGCUCCUUCCCCCCGUGUGCAGAGGCUGUUGCAACACAUGUGGGGGGAUGUGGGCGAUGGGAAUGAAGCUGCAUAGGAGCUCUACAGGAGAGGUGUCAAGUAUGAUACAGGAUCUAGGGCAUCAGAUGUCAACUUAUAUAUAUUAUUUUUAGUAUAUAGUUGUGUAGGCUUGGUAGGUUAGGUGUGUUAAAGUAGUACUAGGCUAGGAGGAAGUGAAAGGAGGCCGCCAUGGUUGUGGCGGCGGGGUUUAGCUAGGAGAGUAGGAAAAAUGUCGAGAGGAAAGAGAGUUGGAUUAGGAAGAGAGAGGAGUACAAGGAGGGGUUUGUAUCAGAAAUUGAAGUGAAUAAUUGUUAGAGAGAGGG